CGCGCGCGCGCGCGUCUCAAGUAGGAUGUCGUCCUAGAUCGCGAUGCCUACCAGGUAUCGCGAGAGGGAUCAUAGCCGGUCCCAGUCAAGGUUGCGACGUUCCCUCAUGCGUCGCGCGACGCGCUCGUUAUGACUGACUUUAGGCUCGUUACUGUUGACGUCGGUAGACGUUUUCUUUCCUACUCGCUUCACGGUCCGGCUAUUUAUGAAAAUGGCAGUGUCCGACCGGGUUAGAACAAACCGGCGACGAGCGCGCACGGACGACGUCGGGACAAUUCCAGGCUUCUUCCUCCCGACGCGAGUCUCACGCGCCGCGAAAAUCGCCAGGCACACCCCACCCGGCGAGUUGACCCCGCGUUACGUUUUCGGAUCACGUUUUAGCGGUCGCGAAUUCUCCUCGCGUACGUCACGCGAUAUUUCUACGAGUCAUGUACGGAGUGUAUUCUUCAGCGAGGAGCUCUUUCUCUCUCUCUUUCUCUCGGAAGUGAAAUUCGCCUGCGAGCUGUACAAACAAUGCGCACGCUCUCGCAUAGCAUCAUCCAAGACGCAACGUGCAAUUAAAAGUGCAAAGCAAAGUGAGAUGUACCAAGCAGUGGAUGGAAGUGGAUAUAGUGAGGAGUAGUCCGCAGGCGAAGAUAUAUCUCCAACAAUUCAAGCAUUUUCCGGACGAGGCUUGCAAGCCGCAGCUUCACGAUGGCGUAGCCACGUUUAAAUUAUCGCUGCUGGAACAGGACAUGUUACGGUGCGGGAUCACGAGGGUCCUCAACAAAGUUACGGGUCAAAAGAUGUACUAUCAUCGGGUAAUAGUGGAGGAGCCCGCGGAUUCCAGCAAGCACAUGUUCACGGUGAAAUGCGUAAUCACCGAAGUCGUCGUGGAGCCAGAAAUCGCCGUCGCGGGCAAUCAUACGGCGGUACGGCGGAGCGUUCUUCCGGCGGGCUUUCAGGAACCCGAAGUGAUCGAUAUACGAGAGGAGAUUUCGGGAGCGGCACCAGUCCCGAUACUCGGCGUCGGGGUGAGGCAGGGCGGAGUUCUGGUGACCGGCGAGCUCAACGUCAGUCCUGGUACGCCGUUGCAGAUGGAAAUAUUCUUGGACAACGAUUCAGCGCCGAUCUACGGCCUGCUGGUGACUUACAUGCUGGUCACCGACACCAAGACGCAGGAGGAAACGAUUAUUAUUAACGGGUGUUCCGUCGAUCCCUACCUGUUCGAGAACUUCAACACCGUGGACGGCGACUUCCUCACGGCGAAAUUCCGCGCCUUCAAGUUCCCGGAGAGCACCUACGUUCAGUUCCGUGGCACCGUUAACGUCUGCUUGGAUAAGUGUCCAGGGAUCGAGUGCAGCAACGGCCAAAUUGGUUUCGGCAGGAAGAGACGGGCCAUUGAGAUGUCAAGCACCGACAAGAACAAAUUGUUCGAAGUAACCAUGUCGACGUUCAUCAAGGUCGAUUCCACGGAUGACGUCAUGAUCGAUCAAGUUCUUUCGGGAUUCAUCAGGAAGGGAAAGAACAGAACGCACACGAAGGAGAGGGCGGUGAUCGCCGAAGAAGUCAGAGAGCAGUCCGACCCGACGACAAUUAGGACGCACGAAAGAGCGUUCCUCGCGGAGGAGAUAAAGGAACAGUUUAAAUACAAGGUCACCGAGGUGGUGCUCAAUGGUUCCUCGUAUAGUACGCCGAGCUCGUUUCUCAUCUUGGUUCUCCUCUGCUUCUACAAACUGCUGUAGAAAAUGAGAUUUGUGUUUCCUGACAAACGAUUGCUAAUUGUAAAUAAGACGCGGCCUGAGAAAAAUAAGAAGUAUCGCUUCUCUCUGAGAAUGAUAGCUAAUUUGCUCACUAAUAAUCGAGAGAUUUUCGAUCGUCUCCUAACAGCGGAUCACUAAUUAUACAGUGGUGAUCGUAGACUGUGCGUAAUCAAAAUAAGCCUUGAAUGAAAUU